GCGGCGACGCAGGCGGCUCGUGAGCGCCGGUGAUGGCCGACUCUGGCGUGGCGUUCACCAUGGAGGACCAGUCGCCGGCCUGGUACUUGACCCCGGACCGGCGGCUGGGCUGCGGUCCGGCGGCGGUGGAGGCGCCCGGCCAGCGGCGCCGGCUGCCCGACGACGUGCUGCACCCGAUGGUCAACAUCAAGUCAGCGCGCACCACCUCCCGAACGCAGCUGAAGCAGCAGCUGAUGCGUCAGCAGGCCGAGGAGCAGGAGGCACGCGAGCGCUCGCUCCGCCUGCUGGCACUCCAGCAGCAGCAGCAGCAGCAGCAGCAGUCGUCUCCGGUGCCCACGCCGCAGGCAGUGCCCAGGCUGGAGAGGGUGGACGUGCCCAACAAGGUGCUGCAGGUGGAGACUCGUCUGCAGCACCCGACCCCGUACCACAUGCUGCAGAACCAGAAGCGCCAGGUGCGGGAGUACCUGUCGCACUCGGCAGAGUCGCCGCCGGCCGGGCCGGUCGAGCCGCCAGCCGUCAUGUCGCCCCUCUCCAACCAGACGAGCGCCUCAGAGGCCACCGAGGUGGAUGAACUGCUUGACAACAUACUCAGUCUCCAGAGCGACCAUGCCGACUCCGCGGGGAACGUGAGUUGUGUGAGCGUCAAUUUUGGAAACUGACCACGGUGGUCUCCGUGUAUUGCACUCAAUGUACGCAAUCAUUGUACACGCAAUGUACGCACUCAAUGUACGCAAUGUACGCAAGGUUUGGCGUAAAAUGACAGCUAUUCAUAGUACCGUAUCCGAAGUCUGUUCAAAAGUGUCAUUUUAAUGCUCCUGCAGGUUCGCUGAAAAACCGUGUCAUUUCUAUGCCUCAACUGGUAGCUGCAAUGCGCACUUUUACUUCUGCCCGCGUGCCAAGCACAUGUACCUCACCCCUUUCCCAUGGACUCGUUCCAUGCGUCAACCGUGCGGUUGUGAUCGGAGAGCCAAGGGAGAGAGGUGCCAGUCGGACUCCUCAGACCGGUAGUUGGCUAGGACAUGCGCCAAUCAUCUCACAUCAUUUCACUCUGUUUAGUUCCCCGUCCAUGUAACCCGAGGCCGCACAGUGCAAAAAAUGGUAUCACGUUUGUUUAACGGUGUCAUUUGUGAAUGUUUCUCACCUGUGUCUACCUCGCGCGUUUGUGGUAGGGGAUGGACAUGAUAAGGUUUCUAAAACGUGUAUGUUGAACUGCAUUGAUUUUUAGCGACUUAAAUUUCGUGAAUAGCAGUGCAGGAUUUACUGGAUUUACAACGGGCCUGAUUCUGUCGCGUUUGCCAUUCAGUGUUCUUGCUACGAAGAUCACUAGACGCACUGUUUAGACGACUUGUCACUGACCCCAUUCUGACCGUACGCACCCGAUUGUGACACAGUUGGCGCAGCUGACACAGCUGACAUGGCUGGCUGAGUCUGACUGCGUGUUACAACGCAGCCAUACAAUAAUUGGCGGGGUCUGCUAGGCGCACAAGCAUGUGCGCAGCAUUUAGAAGACCACAGUUCACAUACAGAUCCUCAGAUUGAUCCGUUACACACGGGCCUAGCUCCUCCUGGCAGUUCAUUUGAAAAGCGCUUGCAGUUUUUUUAUUCUUAGAAUGGGUGGUUUAUGCGUUUCAGAUGGUCAUGUCACAGGCUCAUUGG